AUGGCUAGAGCAACAGUAUUUCUGGCCCUGUGCUUCGCAGCAGCGCAGUCUGCCGGAGCAGUGACGUUUGCUGUCCCGAGUAAGGCGGGUACUGGCGGCUACGCGUACGCGCCCCUCGACCCAGCCCCAAUUGGCAUCUCGUUCGAGUUUUUCGCCUUUCCGUCCUACGUGGCCAACGUGACAGGGACAAACCAAUGCCUCGCAAACUGGAAAGACCUGACAGGGGUAUGGCCACCAAUCCGUAUCGGCGGGACGACGCAGGACCGGGCCGCCUAUGAUGCGACGACUCCGGCUUACGUCGUAUACUCGGUUGCAAAAGCGGCGGAUGCGCCCGCGACAUUGACCUUUGGGCCAAAGUUCAUGACGCUGGCAGGAACAUAUGCCGGAACCGUUGUGGUUGGACUCAACCGGGGCAAGAACAACAUCGAAAACACGAUCGCCGCAGCUAAGGUGGCUGUGGCAGAGAUUCCCAAUCUGUUGGCAAUCGAACUGGGGAACGAGCCUGAAUACUGGGUCAAAGACAAGCAGCCCAUCGCGUCGGGGACGUGGAAUCCAGCGACAGACGCGGCCUCGCAGAACGACUGGAAUAUCCGAGUUGGCAACGCCGUGGGCAAAAUGAACAUCAUCCAGGCUGGGAACUGGAACGAUGCUCCUCCGGCUUGGGGGGCCGCACAGCUGAUUGCGACAGAGAACACGACUGUGAAGCAAUAUGUCCGCCACUUUGCCCAUCACAACUACCCGGGCGGCAGUGUACAGAAGCUCAUGACGCAUCCGACGACGGUGAAGAGCAUCCAGGUGUUUGACGCAGACAUCGCGGCAGUAAGGAGGACGGGGAGAGAAUACGUCUUUGGCGAGACGAACUCGGUGUCGGGCGGAGGAGCAGCUGGAGUGUCGCCAACGUUUGGGGCCGCGCUUUGGACCAUGGACUACUCGCUACGAGCGGCGUUCAACAACAUGUCGCGCACAUAUUUCCACCACGGCACUGUGGGCAACUGUCAGUACUGCUUCUGGGGGCGUCGCACCAUGGGGGCGCCCUACUAUGGAGCACAUGCCGCCGUGGCCCUGAUGGCUGGGGCGAGCUACCUCACGGCGCUAGACACGGGCAAGACCAACUAUGCCGGGUAUGCCAGCUUUGAUGCGAGUGGCACACCACUGCGCGUGCUGCUGUACAACUCGGACUACUUCAGCGGCAGCGGGAGCCGGACGAGCCAGUCCUUCACUUUGACGGGCCUGACGCCGACGGCGACGGCGCUGAGGGCCAAGCGGUUGACAGCAGCGAGCGCAUCGUCGAGGGCGGAUCAGGGUAACGACAUCUCGUUUGGCGGCCAGUACUUCCGCAACGUGACGUGCGCUGCUGGCGGAACCGAGACUUACGAAACGGCGGCCGUCGCAGGUGGACAGGCGACAUUUUCGCUGCAGGCGACCGAGGCGCUGUUAGUAUAUCUGCAAUAA